UUAUAUCAAAACGAGUAAAAUGUCUUGUUCUCUCGGUCGACUGGUAAAGAGUUGAGCAAGUAUUCGAAAAAUGGAAGAUAGAAAAUUGCCCUCGAACAAAAGCUAAAACUAUUCUUAACAGCAAAAAGAGCUUUAUUUGAUUAAAAAAUGAAAAAUCGGCUACAACCACCUCGAUAAUGGUAUGGCAUUCAAACAAUGAUACAGCUUUCAACCUUGGUUCGUUAAUUUCCGAAAUUCCGAAAAAUAUCACAAAAUAGCCAAAACAAUUUAUUCUCUUCAAACUUUAAAAUGUUUCGAUUCAUACAAGAACUUCAGCAACUUGUAAAUAUACGCAUAUUUUUUGUUUCCAUGUUUUCAAAUCCUUUAUACGUACAUUAUACUUUAUCCAAGAAAUUAUUAUCAGAAACAUUUUAUUGCUUGAUAUGUUUCAGUUUGCUUUUGCUGUAUCUUAUCGGGGAUGUCGGGAGGAUGGACAUCCCCCACAAUUCCCAAAUUAAUUUCCAACACUUCGUACAUUCCCAUGACAUUUGAAGAAGCGUCGUGGUUUACCGUAUUACAUCCAUUGGGUAGUUUAGUAAGUCCGAUCUUUUUAAUGAUGGCCAAUCGAAUCGGCAGGAAACUGGCGUUACUUUUUAUACCAAUACCCCAGUUCUUGUCGUGGUUGAUAAUAGCAUUCUCUACAACUUCUGUCCAUCUGUAUAUUUCAAGAAUAGUUGCUGGAGUAAGCGACGCAUCGUUAUUUACAUUUUUACCCAUUUAUCUUUCGGAAAUAACUGAGCCAAAAGUACGUGGCAGAUGGUCCUGUUCUCUUAUGGUCCUUUUGUACUUCGGGCAAGUGGUUAUCAACGCCACAGGAUCCUAUUUAGGUAUCAGGACAACCGCAUGGGUGGCGGCUGCUCUCUCGCUCGUCGGAUUUUUGAUUAUUCUUCUCGUGCCAGAAUCCCCGUACUUCCUGCUGAUGAGAGGACGCAAGGAAGAAGCAGAGAAAUCAUUAAAAUUUUUACGAUGGAGAAACGACGUAGGAAAAGAAAUUACUCAAAUCAGCUCAGACGUUCAAAGGCAACUGACGGAACGCGGACGAUUGCGAGACCUUUUCAUAAUCAAGAGCAACUUGCGUGCUUUAUUAAUUUGCAUGAAAAUCAGACUGAGUCAACAAAUGAGCGGCAUGGUGGCAUUUAUAUUUUAUUCUCAGACAAUUUUCAAAGAAGCCGGAGGUGAUAUUCACCAAAGCAUUUCCAGUAUCAUUUUUAUGUCACUUAUGACAAUUAUGAGCUGUUUGGGGGCUUCUUUUAUAGAUAAAUUCGGAAGAAAGCCGUUAUUCAUCGGAUCGACACUCGAAUGUGGGACUUCAUUGUUGAUACUCUCUGUUUAUUUCUACGUAAAAGAGUAUACAAGUAUUAAUGUGGAUUCGUUCAAUUGGAUACCUUUAAUUGGCAUGCUUUUGUUCGUGUUGGGGUCUGGUUUUGGACUAAAUAUUGUUCCUACCGUUUUACUAGGUGAAAUGUUUCCUGUUAGUGUCAAGGAAAAAGCCCUAUGCAUCCUGACCUGUUUCUUUGGUUUAUGCGUAAUGUUAGUCGCGAAACUGUUCCAGAUACUUUUACAAACUACUGGACUAUUCGGUACAUUUCUACUGUUUUGUAUUUGCUGUUAUGUAAGUGCUAUAACAAAUUAUUUCGUUCUGAUUGAAACAAAAGGAAAAACACUGGAAGAUAUACAACAAGAACUGAAAGGGUCAUACCUACGCUGAGCCUGUCCUGGAAAAUUUCAAGCCUGCCCCUUACGCUAGUUAAGGAUUUCGACAUUUCUAUACGUAAUUUCUGUAUUCUACAUCCUCUAUCGACAAGGAUCAAUCGUUUCCAACGACUAUCAACGAAUUGCUAAUCCUUUUUGUAUGCAUAAUUAGGUACUGAAUUAAUAAAAGGACUCAAUUCUGUUAUCAUUUGAAAAUUA